AAUACUACAAAUUGUGCGGUUGAGUAAUCGAAUAUAAAUGGGGUUCCCUUGCACGAAAAAACUGUUUUAAAUAAUUAAAAUUAAAAUAUCUACCUAUCCAUAUCUGGCUUAAUAAUUUUAAUAUUGAAAAAAAAAGGUUUUCUUUAGUAACACCUAAAAUAUUUUUAGCGAGUUUAUGUUUGACCCACAAACCCAUCUAACAACCGUUGCUAUAGAAACUUUCCAUAGCGAUUUCAAAAGUAGAUCGAAUAACAAAAAAUAACCGACUUUUUAGUAAAAACAUGUUCCAGAGCCCCCCAGAAAAACCACGUCGAACUCUUCGUUAUGUGGAAGAAGCAUUCAGACAGAUCCAACAAAAGAAAAAUAUACGCGAUAUAGUUAUUAUUAAUGAGCGUGGACAUCCAGUAAAAAGCACAAUGGAACACGAAGAUGCAGUUAAAUUUGUUGGUUACUUUCAAGAGAUUCGUGGCAGAUUGGAGAGAGGCAUGGAGAAAAUUGAUCCCACCGAUGAACUGCUAAUGAUAAGAGUACGCACGAAAUUUCACGAAGUAUUAUUAAGUCCCGAUUCCAAAAUAACUUUUAUUGUCGUGCAAAACGCAGAAAAAUAAAAA